GAGCUGCCAACGUACGUGUGCCGUACAGAUUUUGGAGUCCGUCCGCGCUCGUCUUACCAAUGCGCUUACCGCACCACUGGCCCAGCACGCAGCUUAGUGCAUCAACGAACAUAAUCCGGACAGCAGACCGAGGAGGAGGAACACACGUAAUGUUUUUACUUUUCGUCCACCCAUCAGCGCCCGGUGCCGGAGAGGGACGCCCACUUGGCGACUGAACAACACAAGCACCCACACUCUCUCACAUCGUAACGCCGUGGAGGGGAGUGUGCUGUAAUACGUGCAACGAUAAGUGGCCGCGGAAACGGAAAGGGAACAACCUUUCGAGAGUGACGAGAAGAUCGUCGCCCUAAUUAGAGGAAAGGAUACUGUGCCAGAUAGCGCUUGUCUCGGAAAAUGCAGACUCUUCUUCACGUGUAAGCGCCUUUUCCGCCGACUGCUUGGAUGGAUGGAUGAUGCGUUCGCGGCGCAUGUCGCUGGUGCGCCUGUUUCCAACCCCUGUAGUGCGUACCGGCGAUGUGGCGGGGGAAACAUCAGACCCACCCACCCUACUCUGUUUCAUGCGCCUACUUUGACUCCUGGCUGUUGCGAUGAUGGUGGUGGUAGUUGCUCAUGCUCGUGCAAAUCCACAACGCACUCGCACUCGGUGACGCGCGCUUGGCCAGAUCGGAUACCGUGGAUCCCUCCCGGAGGGUUACGCUCGCAACCAACACGGGUAUAACAGUCGUAGGUAGUUGGUGUACUAUUUGGUGUGUACUAACGGCAACGUGCUGAAAGUGAAAACGGAGCUGAUAGUGGAGGCGGUGAGCAGGGUACCAGACAGGACCACUUUUUACGGGUGUGUGAAAUCGUACAAAGAAUAAAUCCAUUUCACGACCAUCCAUCGCGCAUGGUUCGGUAAAUCGGAUUGCCGCCGUAUCGUAGCUCUCUGUCCCGCCGAGCUAGGGAAGCCAAACGCAACUAGGUGCCGGGUUUGGUGGACGCGUACAGCGCGCUCUGCGGCAGUCACAGUGUAGCUAGCGAUCGGAACAGGCCGCGUCAUAACACACUCGAAAGCAGAACACGGCGCAGAAAUGAUGGACAGCGUCCAGACGGGUGUGGUCAAAUGUGGCGGCUAUCGGUAUGACGAUGGGACGCGCUACAUUGGCGAUUGGAAUCAGCGCGGCCAGAAGCACGGCAUGGGCUCGAUGAUGUUCUCGGACGGCACGCGGUACGACGGAGCAUUCAGCAAUGGCGUCUGUUCCGGGCUCGGCGUGAUGUGUUUUCCCGACGGUGCCAAAUACGAGGGCGAAUUCAUGCAGGGCUGGUUCCACGGUCACGGCGUGUUCUGGCGGGCGGACGGCAUGAAGUACGAGGGCGAGUUUCGCGGCGGACGCAUCUGGGGUCUGGGACUGAUUACGUUCAGCGACCAGAGCCACGGAUUCCCGCGCAACGAAGGCUUCUUCCAGGACUGUCGGCUGGUGCGGAAGAAGCGCUGCCCGGACGUGAUCAACCGUGCCCAGAAGGUGGCACUCAUGGCACGCGCCCAGUGCGACCAGGGCAGCUAGGUGGUGCAGCGUGUCAGCGUCGGGCAGCUGCAAGGAUUGGUUCCUUUUUUAUUGUUACGUUUUUUUUUUUGGUUGUUGUUGUACAAGUUGUUCUGUUUUUUGAACAUGUGUUUUAGUGAAGUGUUCGUUAGUUUUUCGUUUCGUGAUAUUUUAAGAAGUUGAUGUACAUAAGGACUCGACCAGGAAGAGCUAUAGCGCUAAUAUGUACCGUAAUUGAUUUCGUCGAAUAAAUAUAGAUACAAGGUCAA